CGGAGCGGAAAAAGCCCACAGAGAAGAGAGGGAGGGAGAGGUGACGGAGACGAGGAAGGAAAGGAAGAAAAGAGACGAAAGACGGAGGAGAGGGGAUUGGGACUCGCCGCCCCGCUCCAAAUUCCCCCGCCGCUCCACCACCUCCAGUUCCUCGCCUUCGCCGCCCCCACAUCCGGCGACCACCAGCAGCCCGCUUUCGUCGUCCUGUCCCCAAACCCCUACCCGCCCAAUCCGCCCUGCUCCGAGCUGUUGGCUUCGCCUCGGUAGCCCGGCGAGGUGAAAGGAGGCAGAGGACGGAGGAGAUCGGAUAUGUGGGAACUCGUGUUCGGAGUAGCAUUGGGCGAUGGCCGCUGCAUAGGAUGCAGCUUUACUCCGCCAGUGGCCGCUUAGUCUGCUGUUGCUGCUUCUGCUUCGGAGUGCGUUGCCGUGAUCCCAACAAGAGCCUAGGCUGGUGCGGGUUGGGCUGACGUGUUGCUGUUGGCCUCUUGAUCUCCACGGGCGCCUGCGCCUGCCUGCUGGGAGGCGGUUGCGUGAAGCGAAUGGAGGAGUCUGGGAGGGAGAAGGACGCGGCGGGCCCGCCAUGGGCGCCGAGCAACUCCACGGCGUUCCGCCAAUUACCUGCGACGGUGAGCGCCUGGGCAGAGGCGCCGCCCGCCCAGGGCAAUGGUGUUGCCGUCGGGUCAAGCAAUCUCCGCGCCGUCAGGAAGAGGCCUCUUGUUGCAAGAUUAACCAGAGAUAUCAUCCAAACUUUUGAAAAUUGCAAUCCUGAGUUUAGUUACUCAGAUUCACUAAACCCGAAGCGCUUUCUCACCAGUCCUGCAGUUCCAGUUCAUAAUAAUGGCCUUGAUAAUGCAAAUUCCGACCUCAUCUUGUAUGUCAACAUGGAAUUGGUUAACGAGAAGUCAUACCGGAGGUACAUUGUCGAAGAAAUUCUUGGCCAAGGCACCUUUGGACAGGUUGCUAAAUGCAGGGAUGUAGAAACCGACAACUAUGUUGCAGUGAAGGUUAUAAAAAACCAGCCUGCCUUCUAUCAGCAGUCUCUCACGGAGGUCUCGCUGUUGAGCACGCUAAAUCGCACAUUUGAUCCUCAUGAUGAACACCACAUUGUCCGGAUGCUGGAUUUCUUUGCAUGCAAAAAUCAUUUGUGUAUCUCAUUUGAAAUGCUUGGUCAGAACCUAUAUGAGCUGUUGAGACAGAACGGUUUAAGAGGUUUACAGAUGAAACUUGUCCGAAGUUUCUCCAAACAGAUACUGGAUGCAUUGAUUGUCACGAAAGGUGCUGGAAUUAUUCAUUGUGAUCUUAAACCAGAAAAUAUCCUUGUAACUCAAAAUGCAAAAACAGAUACUGAAGUUAAAGUAAUUGAUUUUGGAUCAGCGUGCAUGGAGGGUAAAACAAUUUACUCAUAUAUUCAGAGCCGUUAUUACAGGUCACCGGAAGUGAUUCUUGGUUAUCCAUAUACUACUGCCAUUGAUAUGUGGUCGUUUGGCUGCAUAGUUGCUGAAAUGUAUAUAGGGAUUCCUUUAUUUCUUGGAGCAUCAGAAUACGAUGUCCUUAGACGUAUGAUUGAGAUUGUUGGUGUGCAACCACCAGAUGAUUUGCUAAGGGAGGCCAAAAAUACCAAGAAAUUUUUUAAACAUGUUGGAAGCAUCUAUCCUGGUAAUGAAGGGCAUGACAGUAUUGGCAGCCCAUACAGAAUGUUAACUGAAGAGGAGGUUGAAGCAAGGGAGUCCCAAAAGCCAAAAGUAGGGAGAUGGUAUUUCCCCCGUAGAAGGCUUGACAGUCUCAUAUCUGGGUACCCUUGGAAGAAUUUAGAAGAGGGCAAUCUGCCAGAGACUGAAAAGGCAGAUUGCUUAGCAUUGGUUGAUUUCUUGAGAGGACUUAUUGAGUUUGAUCCUAAUAAGCGUUGGUCACCACUGCAGGCUUCAUAUCAUCCAUUCAUAACAGGGGAAGUCUUCACUGGUCCUUACGACCCUAUACAGGAGACUCCGAUAAUUCAAUCAACUUUUCGUUUUCUUCGUUCAACUGGACGGAGGCAUUUAAUUUUGGAUCACAGGCCUGUUGGCCGUGCUGCAGCAGUUGAUCACAAUCCUGGAGGAGGGCACUGGUUUGCUGCUGGCCUUUCCCCUCAGGUUGUUGGAAGCUUUAACAGAUCCCUACCAUUCAAUAACGCUUUGUUGCCAAACAUGCCCUUUUCAUAUGGAAGCAGCUGUGGUAGCUUUGGUAGCCAUGGUAGCUUUAAUGAAAAUGUAGGUCCAGCAAGCAGCUACGGAAGCUAUGAUGUCAAUAAUGUCAACAUGUAUCAUUCGCCACUAGGUCCUGGAUUCAAUCUACAGUCACAAGCUGGAGGAUCAUUUGUAGGAUUUAGUCCAGAUAUUAGAAGACGAUCUCACCUCUCUCACAGCGGUGGCAUUCGAUUAAGUCCUGGGGGUCCAGGGCCUAUGUCUCUUGGGGCCAGUCCAUCACAAUAUACUCCUCCAAAUUCCCAGAUGCAAAUCCCAACUAGUGAUACUGCCAAGUAUGUUGCCACUUCUCCUGCAAGGGGCAGUCAUGGCUCCUCAUUGGGAAAAUCCGCUGCGGUAGGCCAAUUCAAUAGGAGGAGGAAUCUGGGUCACCCACCCGUGUCAACGCCACCACAUGAACACACAUAUCAACCGAUCCAGGGACACCAUGGAGAUGGUGUCAGUUCAGCCUUUUCUCGAGGACAUUCUGGCUAUUCACAUGGUGCACUUCCUAAUUCUGGUCAUUAUAAUUGGCGACCGCAAAUAGGCAUUCCUACUGGUUUAUCUGCCAACCCUUCUUCCAAUCAUGGUUAUUUCCAACCAUCUGGUUACAAUGAUUUUCCUCCUUUGCACAAAUCCAGUGUGUCAGCAGAUACAUUGGCCUCCACUUCGUCGAUACCAGAUCCAGCUGAUUGGGAUCCCAACUAUAGUGACGAGUCACUCCUGCAAGAAGAGAAUUCACUGGCAGCUGAGUUACGCGGUCUUCACCUGAGAGAUGCAAGUGGUCAAACGAUCCAGUCUAGCAGAUUGCCCAAUAUCCAAAGCCAUGAUACUGCAAGCUCAAACCCUUUGUCCAUAAAUCAAAGAAGUGACCGCCUAUUUCAUGCACCCUCUCUCGGAGAGAAUAACCUUUCUGCUGAUCGCAUCACCUAUCAUAGUUACAACCAUGCAAAUUAUUCUCAGCAAAAUUUCCCUGGUCGACAUGUACUACCAUUUCAGCGGUACAACCAUAUGAAUUCCACCUAUAUGCGCCCGAUCAGGAGUCUGCAAAAUGGUCAAUCUGUUUGGCCUAAUUAUAGUGUGGCAGAACCUACACCCAGUAGUAUGGAUGAAGGGCCUUGGGGAGGAAGGGGCGGUCACUCUUUUGCAACAGGCGGACUGCCACCGCCGUUUGGGAGAAAGGAUUUCGGGAGGAUAUAUUAAGGCCUUGGCCUUUGAUCUGGACUCUGGAGGAAUGCCAUCCAAUUGAUGGCAUGAAUUUGUUUGUGUUUGCAAUUCAUUGUUGCGCUAUUUACCGUGCUGUUAAUCUUGCGAUUUGUAGCAUUCCUCCUAUUGCUGUCCCCAUGUGGUACUCGGAUCAUGAAGUUAUAUCGUAUGGGCUAUAAUUAUAGCAUUCUUUUUUUUAGGAGAUAAUUAUAGCAUUCUUUGUUCUU